AUGGCCGAAAUCAUGAAUCUUUUCUAUUCUCCUAAACCUUCUGUUGAGCUUCAAGUGACUCUCAAGAAUGCAAACGAACGUAUCUACGUCACAAAAGAUAAGAAUGAAAUUGUCAAGUUUCCACUUUAUUAUCAUGACGAAUGUCUUUCUGGAUCUUUAAAUGUCAAAGUAAAUGGUAAAACACAAUUCGAACAUUGUGGAUUAACGUUACAUUUCAUUGGACACAUGAAUGUACGAAAUGAUCGCAGUGGAAGUUCCGAAUUUCUACAUUCAAUACUCACAUUAGAUACAAGUGGAAAUGUUAUCAAGAACGAAAGAAUGUUUUCAUUUGAGUUUCCAAACAUUGAGAAACAAUAUGAAACAUAUCAUGGAAAGUAUUUUGAUGUUCGUUAUAUUCUUCGUGUUAAUUUAUCACGUGGAAAGUAUCUAAGUGCCAUCAUAUCAGAACAAGAGAUUUAUAUCCAACAUUUAAAAUCUCCAUCACUUUCUUUAUUGGAUCAUAUGAGAAUGGAAGUAGGAAUUCAAGAUUGUCUUCAUCUUGAAUUUACAUCGAAUCAAUCCACCUAUCAUCUUACUGAUGUCAUUAUUGGAAAGAUUCUCUUUGUGUUAAUUCGCAUUUCGAUUAAAUCAAUGGAACUUACUCUUUUACGUCGAGAAAGUGUUGGACAUGGUUCUCAUCGUCAUAUUGAAAGUGAAAUCAUGACAAAGUAUGAAAUUCUAGAUGGAGCACCAAAAAAAGGUGACAGUAUCCCCGUUCGUUUAUACCUUGCACCAUAUAAUUUAACACCAACAUAUCGUCACAUUGAGUUACAAUGCUCUGUACGCUAUUAUCUCAAUCUUGUACUUGUAGAUAUCGAAGAUCGACGAUAUUUUAAACAACAAGAACUUGUACUUUGGCGUCAAAGUGUUGAGUAA